UCACUCCACAGACAUGUCGCACAAUAGCUGAAGUAAAGCUGUCACCGUCCGCGGCUCAUCCUCCGAGCCUCCACACACACACCGCAGCCGGCUCUCCAUUGCACCGCCUGUCCUCUGUCGCUCCCCUCGCGUCGGACCGUACCUUUUGGAAACGCCUGGAUAUGAAUUAUGAGCAUUUUCCUCACUAAUGAACUCGGCCAGUAAUGCAGGAGACCGCGGCGACUCUCUCAUCACUGUUUCAAGAUGGCAGAUUUUCAUUGAGUUUUGAACAGAAAUCUCGCUUUAUUGUUCUGCCAUGAAUAACAGAAAUCCUUGCACCGAUGGCCCCUGUAUACGAAGGUAUGGCCUCGCAAGUGCAAGUGUUCUCCCCUCACACUCUCCAAUCAAGUGCCUUCUUUAGCGUGAAGAAACUGAAGGUGGAGCAGAGUUGUAACUGGGAUAUGACAGGGUACGGCACACACAGCAAAGUCUACAGCCACAACAGCAGCAAGAACUUGUCGGCAGCCAGUGGCCCCCUCGGCAUCAACAGCUCCCUGCAGGUCGCCAGCUCCACCCUGCCGUACGAGCAGGCACUCAUCUUCCCAGCCAGCGUGGGCCACAUUGUGGUCGCCUCAGUAAGCAGCACUUCGGGGGCCUUGGCGUCUCUGCUGAGCAGCGCGGGUGGAGGUAGCAACAGCAGCAGUAGUGGUGGUGGAGGUGGCGGCGGCGGCAGUGGCGUUGGUGGCGGGGUUGCUUUUCACAACCUGACGCGCCGGAGCACGGUCAGUCUUCUUGACACCUACCAGCGAUGCGGGCUUAAACGCAAAAGUGAGGAGCUUGACAACAACAGCAGUGUGCAGAUCGUUGAGGAGCACGGCCGAUCGAUGAUCCAGAACGGAGCAGCCAGUGGAGCCACGGUGGCCACAGUGGCCACCGCCACCUCCACUGCAACGUCCAAGAACAGCGGCUCCAACAGCGAGGGGGACUACCAGCUGGUUCAGCAUGAGGUUCUCUGCUCCAUGACCAACACCUACGAAGUGCUGGAGUUCUUGGGGCGAGGAACCUUUGGACAGGUGGUUAAGUGCUGGAAAAGGGGCACCAACGAGAUUGUGGCGAUCAAGAUCUUGAAAAAUCACCCGUCGUAUGCACGGCAGGGUCAGAUCGAGGUCAGCAUCCUGGCACGUCUCAGCACGGAGAAUGCAGAUGACUACAACUUUGUUAGGGCCUACGAGUGCUUCCAGCACAAGAACCACACGUGCCUGGUAUUCGAGAUGCUGGAGCAGAACCUGUACGACUUCCUCAAGCAGAAUAAGUUCAGCCCUCUGCCGCUCAAAUACAUCAGACCCGUGCUACAGCAGGUGGCCACAGCGCUAAUGAAACUAAAGAGCCUGGGCCUGAUCCACGCUGACCUGAAGCCAGAGAACAUCAUGCUGGUGGACCCGUCUCGACAGCCCUAUCGGGUCAAAGUCAUUGACUUUGGCUCCGCCAGCCAUGUGUCAAAAGCAGUCUGCUCCACUUAUUUACAGUCCAGAUACUACAGGAAACCGUAAAUCUGCCAAUCACACCCACUACGUGCAGCGACUGACGAAGGUGAGAAUG